ACUUAUUUUAUAAUCAUCCUACGCAAUAAUCUCUGUUAGGCAACAAAAUUAGCAAAGGAUUUUCUCAGGCAGCACUGCUACUAUGUCUACAUCAUCUCUCUGUCUUAUUUAACCUGUUUCUCUACGUUCAAAUUCUAGCAAGGCCUAGGCAUAACAUUAAGCACCACCCUCUUCUCUCUCUCUUUCUCUGAUCUUCAGUUCAAGGCCAUUGGGGAGUGAAUGUGGGAGGGUAAAGAUAGAGAUGGGGAGAUCUACAUGUUGUGAGAAGGUGGGGUUGAAGAGAGGGAGAUGGACAGCAGAGGAAGAUGAAAUAUUAGCAAAUUACAUUCAUGCAAAUGGGGAAGGGUCCUGGAGAUCAUUGCCCAAGAAUGCAGGUUUGUUGAGGUGUGGGAAGAGCUGCAGGCUAAGAUGGAUAAACUACUUGAGGGCUGACUUGAAGCGAGGGAACAUCACUGCUCAAGAGGAAGAAACCAUUGUUAAGUUGCAUAGUGCUUUGGGAAAUAGGUGGUCUCUAAUUGCUGCACAAUUACCAGGACGAACAGACAACGAGAUUAAGAAUUACUGGAACUCUCAUUUAAGCCGAAAAAUUUACAGUUUCACCAAGAUAAUAAAAGAUACCAAACCAAGCAACAUUGGUGCUGUAACAACCGCAGGAGAAGGCAAGCGAAGAGGCGGUCGAACCAGCCGCUCAGCCAUGAAAAGACACAAGUUGGCUUUGAUGUCACUAGGUAUUCCUAAGACUGUUACCCCUAAUGAGGUUUUUGAUCCCGCUGCACAAGAAAACAGCCCUGGGGGACAAGUCCGGGACAGCAAGGACAUGACAAAUAUGCAACCUGAGGACAAUGAUGACCCUGAUUCAGCAGUACUAGAAGGUAGAAGAAACCUUGGAAUGCAUGGCUCUUGCAUGCACAGCAGUGCAAGGCCUGCAGGCAAUUAUGAUGAAAGGCAAAGCACAGGAAUAGCAUUAAGUUCCGGUAAAGAAAGCUCUAGCGUUGCGGUUGAAAUGUACGGCUGCAGCGAGAGAGAAACUGAGGAGGUUCUGGGACCAUACGAGUGGCUAGACAAUGAAAUAAAGCGCCUUCGCAGUAUCCUGCAAAGUGAAGGUGUGCAUCCCAGUGGGAACCAUGCAGGCUCGAUCACCACAAAUGGAGAAAAUGAGGUCAGGGUUAUUAUAACUGAACAGGACAGGGACGUUAAUGGGAUCCAAAAAGGUGCUAAAAAUGAUGAUCAAGAAAUAGAAAGCUAUGGCAUCUGGAGCUCAUCAAAUGCAGAGAUGACUGAUGGGGAAUGGCAGAUUCGUAAUUCUUCAUCACCAGGGAAUUCAGUGUUUGAUGAUCAUGAAUGGGUUGACUGGGAAAAUUUUGGUGGUGGUUUCCAGUACUAUGAUGAUGAUCAAUUCCCAUUAUGGGAUGAUUCAGGUAAGGUUCUUUGUUGGUUAUUGGAUGGUGACAAUGCUGAUGAAGCUGGAGACGCACCAAAUUAA